GAAAUGAUCCAUGCCUGAUAGACACCUAAGCAUGUUGUGACGCGCUUGUCAGAGCGCGCGACUAGAGAAUGUCUCUAGUUAGAGCUGCGCUAUCGCAGCUCGCUGACUCUCUUAGUUUUGGCAUACUAGGUGUUAACCGCUCGUGCUGGGGAGCCAGCACAAGCAGAGCGACGGGUCUGCCGAGCUCCAUCAGCGGCGUGCGCUUGCUUCGCACGCUCGCUGGAACGGGCGAUGAUCAACGGGCGCUGCCCUUCAACUCGCGGGCGACGGUAGACGAGCCCUUCGCGCUGCCCAGCACACUCGCGAGCAGUACCGGGUGCCCCACGACUCCGACACCACACGCCGCGAGGCUCCCCGCCCUCGCUGCCCUCCACCCGCCAGCCGGCAGCCUGCUGCCGUCCUUGUGCCAGCAGCUCCGCGGCUACAAGAGCAAUAAGCGCUCGCUGAAGCCGCUCAACACCGCCGCCAGCUGGCAGGCGGUGCAGCCGCUGCUGGCGGAGCAGCGGCAGCGCGCCGCGGUCGAGGGCGUCAGUCCGCCCGUCGCUGACGGCGCCAGGCCGCCGCCGCAGCCCGGCCGCCGCCGCUGGCGGCCGCGCCUGGGCCCCAUCGUGGACACCUGCCUGCCGCCCAUUCCGGCGGUGCCACUGCCCACCGAGUGCAGGCGUGUGGGUGUGAUCACGGGGCAGUACAGCCUGGAGCCGGAGCGCACCUUCGCGGUGGUGGAGCUGGCGGGCUCGCAGUACAAGGUGACCACGGACGACGUGCUGUUUGUGAACCAGCUCAAGGGCGUGGCGGUGAACGACGUGGUGGCGCUGGAGCGGGUGCUGCUGCUGGGCAGCCGCGCGGAGACGGUGGUGGGGCGGCCCUACGUGCCGGGCGGCGUGGUGCUGGCGGCGGUGGAGGAGCACUUCAGGGACGGCAAGGUGCACGUGUUCAAGAAGCGGCGGCGGAAGCGGUACCGGAAGUACCAGGCCCCGCGCCCGCACCUCACCACGCUGCGCAUCCUGCAGGUCCGCGGCAUCGACCCCGCCCCUGGUGACGAGUCGGCGCGCCUGCCCGAGCUGCCUGUGGCGCUGCUGGACGCCCGGUACGAGAGCGUGCUGCGGCUGACCGGCCGCGGCGAACAGCAGCAGCAGCAGCAGCAGCAGCAAGACGAGGAGCAGCGCCAGGCGGCAGCGUAGCGUGGCGCACGCGUGGUGUGAUGCUGGAUGCGAGAAUCUACGCGCGCGCGCGUGGUGUAUUGGGCAAGACGCGCGUAGGACGAGUGUUUCCUGUUUGGCACAAAAUUAUGGCGCCGGAGGGCGGGAGGAAGGCUGGCUCAGGGAGGCAGUCGACGAGCGGUUCCACUUCUGCAGAUGCGGAGGAUUCACGUUUGCUGUGCUGUACAGUGCCCUCCAUGGGUGCGACAUGCCCCCAUGGUGGCUCUCGGCAACGCUGCGUCCCCACACGCCGAAGCAGUGUGUUGAGCUUGCGCUUAGGACAGACGUCUUGGUGUUGUGAGUUCGGUGCCAUAGCCAGGCAAUGCAGUCAAGGGCUGCUCAGUCCGGACUGGGGUUUUGAACGUCCGUGAAACGACAGCAGUU